UCUGGCAGCAGAGCUUGCUCUGUUGGCAGGAGUCACUAGAAUAAAAACAGGAACACCAGACAUAGGGGAGGGGAAAAAACGAAGUGAUCCAUUGAACUGAAAGUCUUUGCCCUCUCUUAAUUACGUAGUGUCCCAUAUCUUUUCUCUUUUUUUCACUUGUUUUUCCUUUUUUUUCUUUCUUCUGUACGUAAAGACCUCUGGUUAUUGGUAAUUAGCUUGAGGAGAAUAAAAACAGCCGAUCAGGAGAGGGGUGGUGCAUUGUGGAGCGAGAUGGCUAACAGAAAGGUUCUAUCACUCCUUCAUGGAUUCUUCUACCUAGCUCUGAUUCAGCCCUCACUUCAAGGAGGUGUGUACGUGCCGGCUGGUGCUGGAGUUGGAGCAGGAGGUGCUGGACCAGGUGCUGGUCUCUACCCAGGUGCUGGUGGGAUACCCGCAGGAGCAGGCUACAAAUCAGCUAAAACUGGGGCUGGUGGAUAUGGAGGACGGGGUGGUGUUGGUGCUGGAGGUCUGGUCCCUGGUGGCGGGGCUGGAGGCAUAGGAGCGUUAGGCCUCGGAGGAGGAGGAGCCGGUGGAAAAGGCCCCAAACCUGCUGGUUAUGGAGGAGGCUCGCCGUAUGGAGGCUCGCCGUAUGGAGGAGGUGGUGCUGGGGGCUACUUCCCUGGAGGUGGGCUGGGACAGAAGGCAGGACCCAAGCCAGGCUAUGGGGCAGGAGGUGGACUACAACCAGGCUAUGGCGGUGGUGGAUUACAGCCAGGUCUUGCCCCUGCUUUUCCUCAGACUGGCCAACCUGGAGGUGGGCUGGGACCAGGUGCCGGAAAAGGAAAGGCUCCAAAAGGAGGAGUACCAGGUGUGGGGGUGCCUGGACUUUACCAAGGUGGCCAGGUGCCAGGACAAGGGUUUGGUGGUCGUGGAGUGUUGCCCGGUGUGGCCACUGGGAACGGACUCAAUCCCAAAUCAUUGCCAGGUGGAGGACAACAGGGACCAGGAGGCUCGGGUCGUGUUGGUUAUGGAGGACCAAUGCAGCCAGGAGUAUUCCAUGGAUACCCACUCAAAACACCCAAAACACAAGGUGGCUAUGGAGCGAAAGUUGGAGGAGCUGGAGGCAAACUUCCAUUUGGAUAUGGGGGCUUUGGUGGUGGUGGUGGAGCAGGCCUUCCUGGUGGCAAAGGUGGUCCUGGAUCCAAGCCUGGAUACCCCAUUGGAACUGGUGUUGGGACAGGAGGUCUUAACCCGGCCCAGGCUCAGGCAAAAGCUGCUAAAUAUGGUGCUGGUGCUGGUUUGGGUGGUGUGCCCGGUGCAGGUGGAGCUUACCCUGGAGCGGGAGGAGCUUACCCUGGAGCAGGAGGAGCUUACCCUGGAGGAUAUAGUCCUGCUGCAGCCAAAGCUGCUAAAUAUGGAGUCCCAGGAGGUGCGGGUGGCGUCCCAGGUUUUGGAUCAGUAGCAGGAGGAGCAGGAGGAGUACCUGGAGGGUUAUCCGGAGGAGCUGGAGGGUAUAACCCUGCUGCCGCCAAAGCUGCUAAAUAUGGAGUUCCAGGGGGUGCAGGAGCAAGCCUAGGAGCAGGAGGAUUUGGUGGAGUACCAGGAGGAGGAGGAGGUGUACCUGGGGCUGGAGGAUUUGGUGGAGUACCAGGAGGAGGAGGAGGUGUACCUGGGGCUGGAGGAUUUGGUGGAGUACCAGGAGGAGGAGGAGGUGUACCUGGGGCUGGAGGAUAUAAUCCUGCGGCAGCCAAAGCAGCUAAAUAUGGACUCCCAGGAGGAGGUGCAGGCAGGCUCCCAGGUGCUGGCUCAGUCGCAGGAGGAGCAGGAGGAGUACCAGUAGCUGGGGCUGGGGUUGGGGCUGGAGGAUAUAAUCCUGCUGCGGCCAAAGCCGCUAAAUAUGGAGUUCCAGGUGGAGCAGGUGCAGGGUUAGGAGGAGCUGGAGGCUAUGGAGCGGGAGCCAGGCCUCCCUAUUACGGUGUUCCAGGGGGUGCUGGAUUUGGGGGAGCAGGAGCUUUUCCAGGGUCUGGAGGAUACAAUCCUGCCGCCGCCGCCGCCAAAGCUGCUAAAUAUGGGGUCCCAGGGGGUGCAGGGGCAGGCCUAGGAGCUGGGGGUCUUGGAGGAACAGGAGGGGUACCAGCUGGAGGAGCUGGGGCUGGAGGAGUCCCCGGAGGUGCAGCAGCAGGCCUAGGAGCAGGAGGAUUACCAGGAGGAGGAGCAGGGGGUGUACCUGGGGCUGGAGGAUAUAAUCCUGCUGCAGCCAAAGCAGCUAAAUAUGGAGUUCCAGGAGGUCUAGGAACAGGCUUAGGAACAGGAGGACUUGGAGGAGUUCAGGGAGGAGUACCAGGGGGAGGAGCAGGGGGGGUACCUGGGGCUGGAGGAUAUAAUCCUGCUGCAGCCAAAGCAGCUAAAUAUGGUCAGGGGGCUGCUGGUGGGCCACGGGGUGGAUAUGGUGGCGUGCCUGCUGGAGGAUAUCCCAGGCCUGGGGGCUAUGGAGGGGCAGGAGCUGGAGUGUAUAAUCCUGCUGCGGCCAAAGCUGCUAAAUAUGUCCCAGGAGCUGGAGGAGCAGGCCUAGGAGCUGGAGGAGCAGGCUUAGGAGGAGCAGGAGGAGUACCAGGGAUUGGGGCUGGACCAGGAUAUGGAGGCUAUGGAGGAUAUGGAGGGGUACCAGCAGGAGGGGCUGCUGCUGCGGCCAAAGCUGCUAAAUAUGGAGUUCCAGGAGGAGCUGGCGUGGCGGGGAGAGCAGGAGCAGUGCCAGGGGCUGGAUAUGGAGGGGUACCUGGGGCUGGAUAUGGAGGGGUACCUGGGGCUGGAUAUGGAGGGGUGCCUGGGCCUGGAUAUGGAGGGGUACCUGGGGCUGGAUAUGGAGGGGUACCUGGGGCUGGAUAUGGAGGGGUACCUGGGGCUGGAUAUGGAGGAUAUAAUCCCGCUGCGGCCAAAGCUGCUAAAUAUGGAUUACCAGGAGGUGCAGGAGCAGGCCUAGGAGCUGGAGGACUUGGAGGAGCAGGAGGACUUGGAGGAGCAGGAGGAGUACCAGUGGCUGGAGGAUAUAACCCUGCAGUGGCCAAAGUGGCUAAAUAUGGAGUCCCUGGAGGUGCAGGAGCAGGCAUAGGAGCUGGAGGAGCAGGAGGAUUACCAGGGGGAGGAGGAGGGGGGGUACCUGGGGCUGGAGGAUAUAAUCCCGCUGCAGCCAAAGCUGCUAAAUAUGGAGUCCCAGGAGGUGUAGGAACAGGCCUAGGAGCAGGAGGACUUGGAGGAGGAGGACAGGGAGGAGUACCUGGAGGAGUAGGAGCUGGAGGAUAUGAUCCCGCAGCCAAAGCUGCUAAAUAUGGUAUGCCAAGCGGGGCGGGCAUCGGUGGAGAAGGUGUUCCAGCGCCUAUAGCGACGCCAAGACCAGGUGUGGGCGUGGGUGGUGGUGUUGGAGGAACUGCCAUUGAGCGCACUGAUAUACCAGUGGGCACAGGGAUACCUAUCGCAGGCAAACCAGCAGAGGAUUCAUCUCUAGAACCCGGUGGAACUCCCAUCCCAGAUCCCACACCUAUUGGCACACAGGCCACAGAGGCCCCAGAGCCAGAGCCCAGUGCCACAGGAGUAACUGGAGUUGGGGCUGGGGUUCUUCAACCUAGUGUUGGUACAGGCCCAGCUCAGCCUGGUGUGGGUGUCGGAGCAGGUGGCAAAGCUCCUAAACCCCCUGGUGCAGGGGGAUACCCGUAUGGUGGUUAUGGACAGGCAGGACAACUCCGGUAUGGUCAAGGUUAUGGACAGGGUGCUGGUGGAUAUCCCUAUGGAGGAGGAUAUGGAAAUCCAUACGGAGCAGGAGCUGGACAACUUCCUGGAGCCAAGCCCCUGAAACAUCCAGUUGUGGGAGGAGCAGGCGGUGUGGCUGGAGGAGCAGGCGGUGUGGCUGGAGGAGCAGGUAUUCCUCUUACUGGAGCAGGUGGUGGUGCAGGGGGAUACCCGUAUGGUUAUGGUCAAGGUGGUUAUGGACAGGGACAGGGUGCGAGGUAUCCCACUGGUGAAGGUCUGGGAGCAGGGGCAGGAGCAGGUCAAAAAGCACCCAAACCCCCAGGUUAUGGUAACCUAGGUGCGGGUGGUGCUGGUUAUAGUCCAGGUGCUGGUGUGUUCCCAGGUUACGAAGGUGGCUACCCACAACAACGGGGUUACACACAGCAAGGUGGCGGCUACCCACUGCAACCCUACCCAGGAGCAUAUGGAGCAGGCCAGACGGCACCACUGACUCCUCAACAAGCCAAAGCAGCCAAGUAUGGCCUACUCCAGGGCUUCCUUGGUGGGGCAGGAGGAGGAGGCUACAGACCAGGAGGAGUUGCUGCUGGAUGCCAAAGCAAAUACUGUGGAAGGCAGAAGUAGAGGGUGUUCUUCAGAAGAAGUUGAACCUCAAGAAACAAUGGUGCUACUGCAUGAUCUAGAAUGUACAUUUUAUAUGCACAAAAUCCCCCAUUAGAGUAUGUAAAGAUAUGUUGUACUUUAUUUGACUCAAUAUAUUUUUUAUACAAACCCACCGACCCAGACUUUUGCACACAUUUGAUGUGACUUAGUGUUUUUGAUUGUGCCUUUAUCAUUGUUCGUGGUGUUCAUCAGCUCUUACUGACAUGCCUACGAUGCUCCCCUUUUAGUAGUUACCAAGUGUUUGUGUGUGCAUGCAUGUGUGUGGGCGUUGAUAUGUGGCUGUGUGUCUCUCUAUGUGCUUGUGAGCUUGCACAUGCUGCCAGAGAUGUUUGGGUAUAUAGGAGAAUAUGAAAGAUUAUCCAACUAGAGCCAUUAAGCAUGCUUUGAAUGCAGAGAAGUGCUCCAAGUCAAAACCCGCACCAUUCCUGUAACUGUACAUCCCUCUCCAUGUGCUUAGUGUCUGUGUGUACCAAAGUUGGAGCUCUUCGCAUACUGACAUGUCAAACCAAGGGUUGAGCUUCAAGGGGUGUGGUUAGUAAAGUGCUGAUAAACUUUGGCCAUGUAUCUUCAGAACUGCCUCCUCUGGCUUUCUAUCAUCUCUGCUGCUAUUUAUAUCCCUGGAUGAAAUAGCAGUGGCAUAGCAUGUGUGUGUGUGGGCACAGGUUUCACAGUCCAUCUGCCAUCUUCAACUUUGACUAUAUUUUAAGGGCCAUGGUGUAAGUAGCCUUCUUACCUUGAUUUCUGACAAACUUGUGAAGUAUGAUGAGCAGGUGUUGCUCUGAAUGUGGUAAAGCUGAUGACAAUCAAUCCAAAGGUGUUCAAAAGAUUUGUAGGUGAUAUCGUGAGUGAUAUUCAUAGCAUACAUUGUGUUGGUUUGUACUCAAUACCUUUGAAACAGUGUUUUUUGUUUUUUAAGUGAUUUGUAUGUUUUUAGUUUUACAAAAAUGUAAAAGUAAAACUGAAAUUCUUUCGAUACUGCUCUGGCAUGUAUUGUAGAUUAUGUAUGUAUGAAUUGAACAUUUUGUUUUAUUAAUUACGUAUAAUUUUUCUAGUGUGCUAGAUUAGGGGCCAGAAUGUUAUGCAUAUCUAUAUCUGAAAUCAUUCUAGUUUCACAUUCAGUUAUAGUUUCAUUUAUGCAAGUUGUCGCUCAUUAUUCAAGUUUCAAAUGUUUCCGCUCAUGAAAGUAGACUAUCACCAUAUUUGUGUAAUCUUGAAUAAGGCAAAACAUGUUUGUUAAAAAAAAUAUAUAUAUUUGGGUAAUGCAUUUAAUCACUGAUGAGAAUUGUUAUACUGUAUGUGUAAGGGCUUUUUUAAUAUGUGUCUGUGUGUAGGCUUCCCCUAGUCUGUGUAAAUUGUGAGAGUGAGCUCCCAUUUCACUCUUUACUUGAGUUAGUUACAGUUGAAUAAGACUCACUAGACAUUACUGACCAAAGAUGGAUUCACUCUGUUAUGAAGUUACACUACGAUGAAUCUUUAGGGAUUGUGUGGACUAUAUGUUGUAGUAAUUGCCCUAGGUUAUCAUGACUCUCACUCCUACCCGUAGGGCUUUUUCUGAACUGUGUGUGAGCCGCUCGGAUCCGGGGCACGCCGCACCGUGUCUUCCAUGCAGUGGGAUAGUAUUAAUCUUAUUUAAAUGGCAAAAAAGGAGGAACGAUGGGGUUUUGCACUUUUACAUUUUCAUGACGCACAUGUGACUUGUUCCCGGUAAUCCCGGCAUUUUAUUUGCUUAAGUAAAAUAACGAAAUAAAAUGGUUAAUAAAUACACA